CGCGCUCGGAGCCUCACCGCCGCGCAAGCGCGCCCCAGUCUGAGCUAUAAAGCUGCUUAUUCCCGAUUCCGGACUGUUUCGUAACUGCGUCCAGAGUGAAGAGGUGCCGAGUCUGUGUAUCUCUCGCAGUGGCACACACUCAAGCGCUGCACAGCACUGACGGAUACGAUGCGUGUACUACUGGUGCUCACAGCUGGCUCCGCAGCCCUGCCCGGCAACCCACGGGCGCUGCCAGCCCUCAAACUCCGCGGCGGUGGGGUACAACAAACGCUCGACGCGCUGCCGCACGACGCCAAGGCGCUGGCCAAGAGCUUCGUGGUUCUAGGCGGCUUCGACAAAUUCGUCCAGUACCUCGCGGCCUCCGAGACGAUCUCGCGACCGGCUGCCCGCAAGACGAUGCACGUCGGCGCCGGCCCCUUGUUCCUGCUGUGCUGGCCACUUUUCAGCGAUGCCGCGACGGCCAAGAACUGGGCGAUGGUCGGACCGCUCGCGCUGACGCUCAAGGCCGCGGCGGCGGGGUCCGGAUUGAUUGACGACCCGAAGACGGUCGCGUCGAUGUCGCGGUCGGGCGACCGCCGCGAGCUACUGCGAGGGCCAGCGCUCUACGGCGCCGUCUUCGUCGCCGCCACAAUGCUGUGCUGGCGCGAACUGAGCGGCGUCCUGGCCCUCGUCGCGCUCUGCGCGGGUGACGGCGCCGCGGAGAUCUUCGGGGCCUCGCCAUUCGGCCGCCGGUCGCCGCGGCUGCCCUGGUGCCGGCGGAAGAGCGUUGUCGGCACGGGCGCCUUCUUCGUGGCGACGACGCUCGGCGGCGCGGCCUUCGCUUUGUAUUUCCGAGGUCUCGGCUGGUGGUCCGUACCAACACAACCGCUGCUCCGGGGCGUCGCGGCCACGGCCGCCGCCGCGGCGCUCGCGGAAUCGUUCGACACCGGCGCGUGGGACAAUCCCGUCGUCUUCGCGGCCGCGGUCGCGGCGGCGCGGCGUGCCUUCCCUACGGAGUAA